UUUGUUCUUUUACACUAUCCCAGGUAAUGAUUUUCUGAUUUGUAGGUGGACUUGAUAUUGAUGUUGCAUUACUAGCCACGCCCGUAACGUAUUACGGCGGAAGGUGAAAUCGCUAGAUCUCUAUCACCUAUCACUCUUCACAAGACGAUGGACCCUACUACUGCGUCCGACAGCCCCGUUGCACCAAUAUUUGUCUAUGGGACGUUAAUGGCCGCCCCUCUCCUGGCCUGGGCAAUAAAGGGCGACUCGUCGAAAGCGGGAGACGUCCUCUCUCAGCGUAAACCUGGGACAAUAACGGGUUUCGAAAGGCGCCGCGUCCAUCGCCGUGAUUAUCCUGCGCUCAUCCGUAGCAAUGACACUCGCACUGUUGAUGGAUAUGUAAUCUUUCCCACCAGCCCCUCGGAGUGGAAGAAAUUGGAUAAUUACGAGGGUAGUUCGUACGAACGAACCCCAGUUGUAGUGGAUAUGGCCGAUGGAAGCAAGUUGGAUGCAUACACAUACGUGUGGAAGGGGGAAGCAGAGACUUUAGCAGAUGAGGAUUGGGUUUGCGUAUUUGAGACCGAGAGGCUGGACGCCUGGCUCAAGCGCUUUGGUGGAAUGGUGCUUGCCGGUUGAUCGAUGUCGAUGUCUCGUCCCUGCACUGUCAUCUGCGCUCAAGGUCGUCGAGUUCUCUUGACAAACAAAUCCUCCGGGACCUUCCAUCAGAACAUCGGUCAUAUUAUCUCCAACUGCCAGUUUGUUCAGGUACGGAUAGUAUCCAGCACUUAUCAUAUAAAUCUGUACUAGUGUUAAUCAGGAAUACACGUUGAAUCGCAUGGUCUUGCACCCGACCGUGACAUUAUGGAGGCUGCGGCACAUUGCGUCGUAUUGCAUGCCUCCCAUCUCGUAUCCACCAAGUUUUUCAUGGCAGUUCAUGCGCGGUUCCAAGCGCAUAUCUUUAGUCCUCCCGAUUUCUGUGUAUCGUUUAGCGAGGUCAUCAUGAAUCUACUGCGAAAGUUAGUAUCCAUGUAUGUGUAUCAUGUGCUGGCAGUAAACAAGAAUAAGGCUUACCUUAGUCCACAAAUGUCGCAGUC